AUGGAUUCCGGUGUCGACGCUGUUACUGUUGGAGAACCUUUAAGUUAUUCUGCCCGCUCCAAAGAAGUGUUUAGCGGAUCCAAGAUCAAAAAUUUCUGCGCAAGUACACCAGGAGCCUUUCGAGCGGCUGAACGCCUUAACUGUACACUGAGACUUUGCGUUCUCUUGUGCGAAGAUCAUGUGAAAAUCUGUGCUUCAUACCAACAAGAUCUUGAUGAAGCGAUGAGACUCUUGGAUCCUUACGUCGAAGACCUUGAGGUCACCGACUCUGCUGAUGUCCAUCAACAUCGCGUAAUGUGCUACACGAAGGCUCGGUGCCUGCGACCUGGCCAUCCAGCCAAGGCUGAUGAUUACGCAAAAAUAAGCUAUUACUUCGACUGUAUGAGCUAUCUCGAAGAGACGAAACCUCCAGGUCAUCCUAAGACUCCUAAUGAUACCAGAGUCAUUGCUCACUGGCAUCUUCCUGGGGAGAAAGAUGUAACUCAACCCAAAGAGCAUGAUGCUGCAAGCUACGCCAAGUACCUCCACGAAUCCAAGAGAUUUCCUAGCGAUGAAAUGGUCGUUGAGACCAAAGAGCAAUUCUCAGAUUUCCACCACAACAAGGCAGGUCUAUACGGUCCAGAUGAUUUCUGUAUUUACUGCCAGACUUGUCAUUCAAAGCCUACUUUCUGGCAUGGAGGCAAGAAGUUCCAGUUAUGCUACCAUAUCUCUUUCACGAGUGGGGGGCAAGCGAAAUGCAAAUACCUGAAAUGGACAAAUUUUGUGGAGGUGUUAGAGGAAGACAGUACCAUCAAGUUCGAUUUGACCGAACCCGAAAACUGUCUCGCAAGGAUGUGCAUCUAUUGUCAUACUCUAAAGCCCCCAGAACAUUGGAAAGGUAAAGACAAAAUGUGUCAAACCGGGCUGGAUAGGGGCUACCGAUGGAAGCAUGGCCUCGGAGCAGAGACUAAGAAGGUGAUUCGUUGCGACCACUGCAAUAAAGAAUUUGAGGAAGAGAUUUUCGACAAAUACCACUCAGACGACUAUCACCAUGGUGACACGCAAUGCUACGAUGUAAUUUCGGCACCAGAAGAAUCUCGCAUUGUCUUGAAGGCUCGACGUGUUCCAUGUUACAAGUGCGGCAAGGGAACUCUGGAUUUCGAAAAGCAUUUGGAGGUAUGCAUGAAGAAUGCCUUAGGUGAAUUCAUUAUCGAACCGACAACCAUAACGCAUGAAGGGAUUUCAAAAUCCACUCUGUUCUAUGAGCUGAACCAAAGGGCUGCCAACAACAAGUCAUUCAAUGUCUUCAAUCAUUUCGCUAAGUUCUAUGGCCCACCAGACAGCUCAGCUAUCGGAAUCCAUGGGAAAUGCGGCACAUGGAAUGAUGUUGUCGCAGAUUUCGAGAAGUACGUUGAGAAGCUCAAAGGUCCUAAAGAAAUGUUUGACUUUCACGAACAUUCAUCGAAUGACAUAGACGGCUUGGGCAUCCUCGCUGGCUUUGAGUCGGUUGGCAAGGCACAUACGGCGGGUUCCGACACAGAGAUAGCCAGGCUUGUGCUCGACAUCUUCUUCCGUGCUUGGCUAGGCAUGCCGAUGUUUGUCCAGGCAGACGACAAAGAGAAGGAGGUCAGGGAGCGGGGCGGAUGA